GUGUGUGGAGCGGGACAAAAUGGAGCCUGAUUGAACGUGAGAGCAGGCGGAAGAAAGGCAGCAGCGGCAGAGGGAGGGCGUUUGCUCUCAGUGAACAGCACAACUCAGCUGCUGCAGUCAGGGCAUCAAUUUUGUAUAGGCGUUGAGUGCAGUGCCAGAGCGUUCCCCUCUCUUUACCGCUGACCAUGGAGAGCAACUCGCGUCUCGCUCGACCACAGAGAGAGUGAUGGGGGGCGAUACGAGCCGUCUCUAUAGGCAUGUCCGCGUCCGAUUCUAGCGCAGCGCUGCUCAGCUGCAAGAGUUCUGCUGAUUCCUACACGAGUAGACCAUCGGAUUCCGACCUGUCCCUGGAGGAGGACAAGGAGGCGUCUCGGCGUGAGGCCGAGCGCCAGGCCCUGCUCCAGCUCGAGAGAGCCAAGACCAAACCUGUGGCGUUUGCAGUGAGAACCAAUGUCAGCUACUGCGGGGCUCUCGAUGAAGACUGUCCGGUUCAGGGUGCUGCCAUCAACUUUGAAACCAAAGAUUUUCUACACAUAAAAGAGAAAUAUAAUAAUGACUGGUGGAUCGGGAGGCUGGUGAAGGAGGGGGCAGAUAUUGCCUUCAUCCCCAGCCCUGUUAAACUGGAGGCCAUGAGGAUCAAGCAGGAACAGAAAGCAGCUCAGAGGAAAAUGGGUGGAAAUGCUUCAUCUGGUGGCUGGAGGUCUACUCCUCCUUCUGCAGCCAAACAGAAGCAGAAGCAGACGGAACACGUUCCACCCUAUGAUGUAGUUCCAUCCAUGAGGCCUGUUGUUCUGGUCGGCCCCUCGCUGAAAGGCUAUGAGGUGACUGAUAUGAUGCAGAAAGCCUUGUUUGACUUCCUGAAGCACAGGUUUGAUGGGAGGAUUUCUAUCACACGGGUGACUGCAGAUCUGUCUCUGGCCAAGAGGUCUGUACUGAACAAGAAAGCUAUCAUGGAGAGGUCAAACACACGUUCCAGUCUGGCCGAGGUGCAGAGUGAAAUUGAGAGAAUAUUUGAACUGGCUAAAAGCCUGCAGUUGGUGGUCUUGGAUGCAGAUACUAUCAACCACCCCUCACAGCUUCUCAAGACCUCCCUCGCCCCCAUCAUUGUCUACGUCAAAGUGUCCUCUCCAAAGGUUCUUCAAAGACUCGUAAAGUCCAGAGAAUCUCAAAGCAAACAUCUCAAUGUGCAAAUGAUGGCUGGAGAUAAACUAGCACAGUGCCCACCAGAAAUGUUUGAUGUUAUACUGGAUGAGAAUCAGUUAGAGGAUGCCUGCGAACACCUGGCCGAAUACUUAGAUAUAUACUGGCGUGCCACUCACCUGCCAGGCUCCGCCCCCCUGAACCCUCUAGUGGAGCAAAAUGUAGUUACACCACCCUCAGCCAACUCUAGCCAACAGUUCUCAGAGACGCAGGAGCUAAUUGAAUGAGCACUACCACAAAUUAGGAGUGACACAGAACAUUCCAGAAAAAAACCCAGAAUAUUCCUCAAAGGCCAGCCACUCACUGCCCCAGAAUGAGAGGGGGCUUGGAGCAGCUGCCCCCUGAUGAAAAGAGGAGGAACGGAGGGAUGGAGACAGAGAUGAGGGCCAGCGGAGAAGUGGACCAAUCCCAGCCUCACUGACAGUGACAACACACACCCUCUCCUACACUAACACAUGUGUCGUCCUUUACAUCUCAGGACCACUCUGCUGCAGGCCUUCAGCCAACACACACACCCACACACACACGCACACACACACACACACACACACACACACACACACACACACACACACACACACACACACACACACACUCACAGUUAUACACACAUUCAACUGGUCUGAAUGUCCCUGCUGAGCCCCACACUGAGAUCAACAGGGGUUUCCCCAACCUCUUGGUGGUGCCGUCUGUCCGCCAGGUUCUGCCAGCCUGACUCUGGCACUGGCAUCAGAGCAUCCAUACCAUGCCCUCACAAAGAAGGGCACCCCAUGCCACUAACAUCUCGCUCACUCAGUCUCCACCUCCUGCAUCGCUUUUGGUUUGUUUUCACGGCCAUACCUUUUGCACAAUACACUUCAUUUCAAUCAAUCGUCAAAUACAGUUCACUCAUAAUUAAUAACCCAAAUGGCUUUAUGUAGCACAACCCUCAAAUAACUAAUUCAUAUACUGAAACCACACUUGGGACUUUUUAACUGAAAACAUUUUUAUUUUCUGUUAUAUCCUGUUUGAUUUUACUUGUGUCUUUUUAUCCACUGGAAACUUUAGGUUUAUGUCAACCGGGGCAAAUCAACUAGUAACUCAUCAGUAUUUCCAACCACACUGCACUAAUAUCACCCUUUCAGAUCAAUGAAAAGCAGACCACAUGAAUGUUUGUACAUCAUUUGCCUAGAUAUCAGUAUUGCACUAAACAGCCUAACAUAUUAUUUAUUUUGUCCAACAGUGGUUCUCAACGGAGACCUCGCAGGUCUGUUCUGAUUGGACACGUGAUAAAACUAUGCUAAAUGCAACUAAUAUAAUCAUGCGUAGUUAGGAUGAUAAGACUUGUUAAGUUUUAAAAGGAGAAAAUUAUAUGGCAUUUUGAUGCAAAUCCACCUAUAACCAGGUAAAUUAGGUAGAUUCCAACAUGGAUACAUUGGAUGAUAUGCUCUCAUCUUUAAAAUCACGAACAAACUGAAAAAAUAUUACCCAAAAUAUGUUAAACUUCAUUUGUAGUGAAGUUUAGUGGUUUGUGCCCCAAUGUUUUAUGAACUAUUCAUUUUAAUGAUUUUAGUUUAUUAUUUAUUUAUAACUAUAUUUGAAUUCAUAUUAUUAAGAUUUAAUUUUUAAUAUAAAUACAUUUUAAUAUUUGAUUUUAAGAUAAUUUUUUAUUUCCUUUGUGCAAUAAAUUGUUUUGGUGCUGUGUUGGGUCCAAGUAAAACCAUUUGAAAACCUCUAUACUAAUGUUUGAAUUACAGUGACAUCUAGUGGUUUUGUUUGAAACCACAAAAGUGAGACCCUUGCAAGCAUCUUUGUUUUCACAUAAGUAUAACUGUACAUAAUCAUACCAUUAAUUCAAAAACAACCAUAACAUGUGUAACGGUAUGAUGAUGUAUUGUUUCAGAACCACUGAACAUCCUUUUCUGCAUUUUGAGAAUCUCAAAACACUGAUAAAAAUUCCUUUUUUUUUUUUUUUAAUCUUUACCAUCAACACUUAUUUGCAUGAUAAGUGAUGAUCUUGCUGACAUAUCUGCUGCUGUAAUUGUUGAGUUUUGCUUGCUGCUGUUCUUCCAUGCAAUAACAAAAUCAUUUACAAAGAUUAUCACAUUUAACAGAAUGACUUAUGUCUUAUUUGCAAGACAAUCUCUUAACUAAAUGAUCACUAAUUUACUCUUUGCAUACAUGCAGUCCAAUUGUACAUUCAAGCUAAUCAUGACUAUGCAUGACACAAUCAGGCAUUUGUAGAAAUAAACAGCACUGUAAACUGAAUAGGGAGAUGCAAUGGACAUAGAAACAUAUAAACCAUCACAAACAUCUGCUUGAGUAUAUACAGUUUGCACAUUAAAAUUCAUUGCCCUCAUCUAUAUAUAAAUGCACAAACAAAUGACUUUCGGUUUGUUUUAAGGUGUACAUAAAUAAUAUUAUUUACAUAUAUUGAACAAAAAUGUUAUUUGGGACCAUGUUAAAUCUACUGUAGAUUUUUAAAUCACUGCAAAUGAAAAGCAACAAGCUAGAGACAGGCUUCAAAGCACAAUGAGCUCUUCCCAAUUGAAAAUAUGCUUGAUAUCUUUCCAGGUGAUUUGUACAUAGUCCAGAACUAUGUCUUUGGGUCUCCAAAGUAUAUUUUCAAGGCUAAUUGUUUAUUUUAUUAGAUAUUUAUGUUCUCUAUCACAAUAUACUGUACUGUAUGCAACACUGGAGGAAGGAGGAAGACAAUGGCUUGGACUGGUAAAGGUCUAUCACUGAAUAAAGGGAAAUCAAUAUGA